CCUCGGCCGCGCCUCGGCUCGGAGGCUCGCCUCGCAGCCGCAGCGGCCCCGCGAGGAGGAGGAGCCGCCGCCGCAGCAUCAAAGAGACCGAAUUCCCGCGGCCUGGGGGGGAGUCAUGCUUUGCGGUCUGUAAUGUCAGCAGAACAGGAGAAGGAUCCCAUUUCGCUGAAGAGAGUUCGAGGUGGUGAUAGUGGACUGGAUGGGUUAGGAGGACCAGGUGUACAACUAGGAAGCCCAGACAAGAAAAAACGCAAGACAAAUACACAGGGGCCUUCUUUUCCUCCAUUGUCUGAGUAUGCUCCACCACCAAAUCCAAACUCUGACCAUCUAGUGGCUGCUAAUCCAUUUGAUGACAACUAUAAUACUAUUUCCUAUAAACCACUGCCUUCAUCAAAUCCAUAUCUUGGCCCUGGUUAUCCUGGCUUUGGAGGCUAUAGCACGUUCAGAAUGCCACCUCACGUUCCUCCAAGAAUGUCUUCCCCAUACUGUGGUCCUUACUCACUCAGGAAUCAGCCACACCCAUUUCCGCAGAAUCCUUUGGGCAUGGGUUUUAAUCGACCUCAUGCUUUUAACUUUGGGCCACAUGAUAAUUCAAGCUUUGGAAAUCCAUCUUAUAAUAAUGCACUAAGUCAGAAUGUUAACAUGCCUAAUCAACAUUUUCGACAAAAUCCUGCUGAAAACUUCAAUCAGAUUCCUCCACAGAAUGCUAACCAAGUGUCUAACCCUGACUUGGCGUCUAACUUUGUCCCUGGAAAUAACUCAAAUUUUACUUCUCCAUUAGAAUCUAAUCAUUCUUUUAUUCCUCCCCCAAACACUUUCAGUCAAGCAAAAGCACCACCCCAAAAACAAGACUUUAGUCAAGGAGCAACCAAAAACACUAAUCAAAAUUCCUCUGCUCAUCCACCUCACUUAAAUAUGGAUGACACAGUGAAUCAGAGUAAUAUUGAGUUAAAAAAUGUUAAUCGAAACAAUGCAGUAAAUCAAGAGACUAGCCGUUCGAGUACCGCAGAAGCUACAAAUAACAGCCAUGCAAAUGGGACACAGAGUAAGCCACGACAACCUAGAGCUGCCCCAGAUACAUGCACCACUGAAAAAAGCAAUAAAUCCUCUCUCCACCCAAGCCGUCAUGGCCAUUCUUCUUCUGACCCAGUGUAUCCUUGUGGAAUUUGUACAAACGAAGUGAAUGAUGAUCAGGAUGCCAUCUUGUGUGAAGCCUCUUGUCAGAAGUGGUUUCAUCGGAUCUGCACUGGAAUGACUGAAACCGCUUAUGGUCUCCUGACUGCAGAGGCAUCAGCAGUAUGGGGCUGUGAUACCUGUAUGGCUGACAAGGAUGUCCAGUUGAUGCGUACUCGGGAAACUUUUGGUCCACCUGCAGUGGGCAGUGAUGCUUAAUCACCGGCAUUAACUAAAGGGUUUUUUGGUUUGUUUUUUUUCCUGUGUCUUACAGAGGUUCAGUGACACAGGAUUUUAAUGUUUUACAUUAUUUUUUUAAAUGCACACACAAAAAGAUUAUUUACCUUUUAGUUUUUAUUAAUAUUCUACUUCAUUACCAGUGCAAAUUUUGUGUUGUCUUUGUUUGCUAUCUUAAAUGAGAAUAAUGUAUAUGGGGGUGCUUUAGAAAGUACUAUACAAAUAAAUGUUAGUUGUUGUUGUUAAUCAUAAAAAAGCCUCUUGAAGCUUCAAAAUAAUAUAUAGCAAAUAUAGGCAAAUUUUGACUUUUAAAAGUUAGAAUCAUUGAAAAAUGUACAUUGCAGAGCUGAACUUUGGCAAUAUUACAUUAAAUGGUUCAAAAAAUUUUUCAAGGAUCUAUUUGACAUGUUUUCAGAAAAAACUAUGUGUAGUUAUAACAUGGAAGAAAGCAUACAUUUUAAUGGAUGUUUUAAACAAUAAUAGAUAUGUUACCAGAUUUCUUCCCACUAGGGUCCUUGAAAUUAGUGACGUUCCUAUUUUCAAGUCAGUCUUUUCAAGAUAUGUUUGUACAGAUAUGAGACAGAUGUUAGUAUAUAGUAGAUGCUCAGUAAGUAUUUGUUGAUUAACUUGUGGAUUGUACCACAUGAAAUUGCUAAUAUUAUUAGAUCAGUUGAAAAAUGACUGCAGUUGGUAGAGUUGAAGUGAAGUAUGUUUCUAGUUGUGCUGUUUAGAAUUAUAAUAGUAUUAAGCUCUUCAUUCCGUUUCCUUUGAUUAUUGAGUUGUUUUGUUAUUGUUUUCCAGAGAAAUAACAUAGUAUCCUCGGAAGAAUUGCAAAUACUCCUUUUAAUAUGAUUUCAAGCCAGGACAUAACUGCAAGUGACAUAGGUGGAAACAUCAAGUUGGCCUUAGAAGGCUCAGCUGGUGAAAGAACUGCUCAGUGGUGGUUUGGAAAGUCUUUUUCUGGGGAUCUGGAUUCAAAGACAAGCCUCAGGGGAGAUCAGAAUCCAUUUUGAGCAAAGACCAAUUAAGAGCCAGGGUGAAAGCUAACUUACAAACGACAAUUUCAAGGCCUUGAAGUAGAGUUUCUGUUGUGACUGGGGAAAGUGUAAAGACGGACCCAAGAACAUCCUCCUGGGAGAUGAUCAAGAACAGAGACAGAGGUGUACUGUUAAGAUUCAAAACUUCAGUGGAAACCUGUUUUUAGAGCGGAUCAUGACCUGUGACCAAAAAAACCCCCCAAAAACAAAACAAAACCCACAAAAAACAACCCCCCCACAAGAUACUGUAUAACAAUUGAUAGUUCAUACGAUGGUUGGAUGUUGGUGAAGCUCCCACACUUGCACCAUCAUUAUCAUUGUGACCAAAAAAGUUCUGAAGUCCAUGUGGUGAUCUGCGAAAGAAGAAUUAAUCACUACUGUUUAAACCCUAGUGAAACAGCAGCGGCAGCAUAUCACCAAGAAACUAAAAUUGUGCGUGAAAAUUUUGAUUAAAAAAACAUCCUUUGGUUAAUAAACAUGAGCCCACACUUUUACAUGACAGCACUUGACCUCACAUGUCACAAGCCACUAAAGCAAAGUUAAUUGAAUUGGGACAUUAAAUUUUGUCAUGUCCAUUAUAAUCACCAGACCUUUACCCAGCGAACUACCAUCUUUUUCAUCAUUUGAAGCUUUUUUUAAGAAACAUGUUCUCCAAUUAAGAAGCAGUAAUUGGAGGGAUAUGAACAAUUUAUAUAGCUGAAGAAAUGACAAAUUUUAUAAAAAUGAAAUAUUUAAUAUCCUACUAGAAGAAAAUUAUUAAUGCUCAUGAUGCAUAUUUUGAUUGAAUAAAACUUAUUUUUUUAAAUACAGUGUUUUAAUUUUGACCUACAAAAACAGCAAUUUCAUAUGGUACAAGGUAGUAGAAGGUUUUCUCCAUUUACCUGUGACUAGUUAGAGGUGAGUACAAAAUAUUUUCAAUAUAGUUGUAAAUUAUAUAUCUUUACAAUUUUAGGAAAUGAAGUGAUAUGAACUCUAAUACUAGGUACUCCUUGGUGUGACAACUUUACCAAUUGAAGCAGGUUAAAAUGCAGUAUUUUUGGUUGACUCUAACAUUUGAUGUGUUCAGUAGCAUACUUGAAGAUCCCAUUUUGCUUACUUUAUAUUAGAAAUACACAAUUUUCUAAAUGUUUAAGAACCUAGUUAUGUUAUUCUUGAAAUCCUAGUGAGUGCUGAUUUUGAAGAAAUGAUGCACUGCAUGCUGUAAGCCCAGUUCUAGCAUCAGAUCAUGGUUUUUAUGACAAUAUAGUUUAGAUAGAUAUUGAGUAGAACCUUCCAGUGUCCUCAGGAGUUAACAUUUUACAUGGUAGUACUUGAGUUGUACUUAAGGUUAAAAUUGAUUAUGCAGUUUCUUAAGCCAUCUGUUGCUUACAGUUUCAGUGGUUGUUUUGUGAAAGUGAAGUAACCGCUCCCAAGCUAGUCUAAAGGUACUUGAUUUGUAAUGUGAUUCUUUUCCAUUUCCAAAUAGUUGUUUUUAAAAACUUACAAGUGAAUUUUUAUUCAAGUAUUUAGAUCUUCAGAGCACCUUAUUUAAUUAAGAGUCUGUAAAUAUUCAAAGAAAAACCCGUGGUUGACUGACAGCGAGUCAUAGGCAAACUAUAAUCAUAGUUUGUGAAUGUUUUCAUGUAUUCAAAUUACUUUUCUUAACUACUUCCACAUUUGUCUCUGUGUGACACUAAGUCAAAAAUUAGAUGGUUUUUGAUAGGAAAAGUGAUGAAAUAUAAGAAUGUCCAAUUUGACCCAAAGAAGGCUAUUAAUACAAAUUGAUACAGCUUUGUUAGGACAAGUGAUGAGCUGCCCUAAACAUUUUCAAAUAUCCAGUAAUGGAAAGAAAUGUACAUAGGUGGAAUAAUCUUCCAGUAGCAUUGCACCUUUUCUUAUGUAAUCCUUUUCCUUCACUGAAAGACCUCAUCCCACAUGCACACAUACACACAAAGACACACACACACACACACACAACUGAGCAGGAAAUCGUGGUUUCUCCUAUAUUCUCAAGUUUUGUCUAAGUUCAGACUGGCUAACUCUCAGCAGCUAGGCUCUCUCACGACAGCUAGGUUGCUGAUAGUUUUAAAGCAUCAGUUCCUUUCCCAGAACGUGCUUUAUUCAUUUCACGAGAGAAUUCCUAGUCUACUUACUUCUGGAUGCUACUGGACUCAGUAAUGCUGAAACAGUUAAGCUUGUAAAAGAAAAAUUAUUCUUCAGAUAGAGUGCUUAGAAUUAGUUUUGUGAUCGGUGUUUUCCUUUGGUGUGAAAUACUUCUAGAGAAUUGCUAUCAUGAUUCUGGUUAUCCAAAUUAGAAGAUUAUGUACAUAAAGCAAGAUUUCUCUUGCAGUAGGGCUUAUUCUUCGUAGAUUAACACAAGAUAAAGAUUUUUUUAAGACUUCCAACUCUGCCUACUGGUAGGAAAAAACCUCAGUAGUGUGGGUCACCAUGAAUUCUGCUGACUUCAAUCAUCUUAAUAAGGAUCAGGAGUCUUCAUCUAGUAUUCUUUCAAACUUGUUUGUCUUGAACAUAUUAAAAGUGUUAGUGGUUAUUGUCCAGUAUACUAUAGUAAUUGUAUUUAAUAGUAAAAAGAAAAAUAUAAGUAAUGAUUUUCUUUAAGGGAGCUCUAAAGAAUUUUUGGAUUUUGUUUUUUAACAGUGUACAGAGGUUUCAUAUGCAUGAACAUUUGUGCUAUUUUAGAUUUUUUUUUUAAUUAAAAAGUUCAAUUAAGAGCAUCCAGGCUCCCAAAGGUCAUUUGUAAAUAGUGGUUUGGAACAUUAUAUAAAAUGAUUAGAUUGUUAGGAAAGCUCAUAAGGCUUAUUUAAACCAUAAUGUAGUUAACCAAUAGUAUCAUGCUGAGCACUCAGUUUUCUUUAGGGAACCAGUCAGUGUAGGAGGUAGAAAGAAAUAGAGGUCUUUCCUUUUUCCUGAUGGGAUUCAGGAAAGUUAAGUUUCUUGGUGUUAGUGUUUCCUAGUUGUCCUCUUACCAUCCUAAACCCUCCGGUGGAAUACUAUAUAAGCCAACUUGCCUUUUCCCUUACUGGAUGCUCUAUGCUUCAAGAUUUUAUCUUUCCUCUAUUCAGAAUUCCCAUUUUUUCUGUGCUUAUGGCUGGCUAGAUUUUAAGGGAAAAAUGUUUUCCACCAAGAUGCGAAUGAAGAUAGUGAAGAAAGUGGGAUUAAACCUUUUUUUUUUUUUUUUAAGACUGCUUAUUAGUUCAGGAUGAAUUUUUAUCUAAUAAGAUUUCAGAAAAUAUGACCACAUUUCAGGCACUAUGGGAAGCAGUAUUUUUAUCAAAUUGAUAGAUGCUGUCUUGAGAGUAUUUCCCAAUUUCCUUUAGAUUGUUGGGACUUUUUACAGUUUUCUUUCCUCAACUUUUGAACUCAGAGGUUUCUUCUCAUUUCCAAAAUGAGUAACUUCCCCUUUUCCCCUAUCCUGUUUAUCCAGUAGAACAGUAUAGAAGUCACAUCUGCAUUUUUCUAACUCUUGGUACCGAGGUGGAAGUUUAGAGGUACUCCUGGAGUAGGGCUGGCAUUAACAUCUCCCAAGACAUAUGGUCUAGGGGAAAUGAAAAGUGGCUAUCUCUAAGCCAGAUGUGAGGACAUCAGAGGCUGCCUGUAUUUCUUUGAAAAUUUUUAAUGAAACCCAAUGGAUAAGCUUCAUCUUUGUCAGUUUGUCAAAAUACAUUACUUGCAAUUAUAUUAAAACUAAUUCUAAAGACGUACUUUUCUUGUUCUGUAGGUGAUAUAGAUGAUGUUGCUUGUUAGUUAAAAUAUCUUUUAUAAAAGAAAGUCCUGCUUCUUAUCAUGAUGUAUGUGACUUAAAUGACUGUUUCAUAUUAAAACUAUUUCUUCCUUAUGUACUGUUUACAUAUACCUCUUUUUGGGAUAUUAGUUCAGUACUUUUAUACAAAUCUGAGUGUGUUCCACAUUGGUGACAUGUAUUUUUGCAGUAAUUUUUUGUUUUGUUCUUAGAGCAUGUCUAAAGUAACACAUGCACUAGUGCUGUGGUCUGUGGCAAAAUUACUGUAAUUCAAAUUGGAAAAUAAAAUGUUUCCAGA